AAAGUUCUUCAUAAUAAGAAAAAAAAUCCAUAAUGCGUGCUCUAUUAUUAUUGGGCUUGGGCCUCUUGGCUUCAGCUUCGGCGUUCGUGGAAGUGAAUUCUGAUUACCACAAGGAUAUCGGUAUCCCCGCUGCUGCGCAGAUCAAGGAAAAUGAAGAAAGACUUAUGUCAGAGACAGCACGAGGCGGAAGGGUCGUGGGAGGUGCUAUUGCUCCAGCUAAUGCUCACCCGUACUUCGCUGGAUUAUUGAUCAGUUUGGUGGGCCAGUCUGGUAACUCAGUCUGCGGUUCUUCGCUUCUCUCCUCCAACCGGUUGGUGACCGCCGCUCACUGCUGGCGCGACCGCUCCAACCAAGCGUGGCAGUUCCUCGUCAUCCUCGGUUCUAACAACCUGUUCUUCGGCGGUACCCGCAUCGCCACCAGCAAUGUCAUCAUGCAUCCGCAGUAUGUGCCCUCCACCCUCCACAACGAUAUUGCCAUGAUAUUGUUGCCUUCUAGCGUAUGGUUUACCGGAAGCAUUCAGCCAGUUAGCCUGCCUUCUGGUUGGGACCUUUGGGAUCAGUUCGUCGGCAACUGGGCUGUUGCUGCUGGCUUUGGCAGAACUAGCGACCAACAACUGGCCGCGUCUCAGAUAGUGAGCCACGUGAGCUUGCAAGUGAUCAGCACGAGUGUGUGCCAGAAUUCUUUCCUUGGCGGCAUCGUAAUUCCAAGCACGCUCUGCACCAGCGGUAUUGGUGGUGUGGGAAUUUGCGGCGGAGACUCUGGCGGUCCCCUCGUCAUUAACCGCAACGGUGUUCCCACUUUGAUCGGAGUGAGCUCGUUUGUCGCCAUCACCGGCUGUCAACUCGGAUUUCCUUCUGGCUUCGCACGUGUCACCAGCUUCAUGACUUUCAUCCAACAGUACAUGUAAUUAUUGAUAGACUGAUUAUAAACGAAUUUAAUUUCCUACCAA